AUGAAGACGAUGUUACAUGUUUAUAAAAAAUUGAGGUUAGUAGCACGACAAAAAUAUAGAGAAAAUGGACGUUUUGGGCAAAAAACGAAUGCUAUGGUUUUCAGACAAUAGAGAAGUCAUCCGUGCUUGGGUCCGACUCAGUUCGGGUGUUAGGCGAGAACUUCGUCCAAUAUGCCGGUGUAUGAUUCGUUCCACGUUCAUAUAAUCAGGGGAAUCUUAGAUUAUUGACAUCCUGGGUGGUACCCAUUUGAGUGGUACCCAUUUGACACCCUGGGUAUUGCGUUUGAGUGAGUAUUAAAAAAGGAACCUUCCUCCCCGCGGUCUCAAGAAAACAACGGCAACUCCAGUGAUUGAUGAUAGCGCCUGAAGCAGCCGGGCCGCCAGGACACUUGUUUUUCGGUGGCAGAUAUUCGAGUUCAGGAGAAGAAAACAGACAAGGGGCUCCUGACGACGUGGCUGGCGGAGACCCACCGGAGCUCCCCCGAGAACGUCAUCCCUGGGAUAAACCGGCCCACCGGCGUGAAGGUCGCCGUGAAGGUCAUCCUCUGGUUGGGCCUCGUGAAGGACAGCGUGCUCGGCGUCACCGUCACCUCUACGCAGGCGGCCAUGUCCACCGCCACCGUGUACAUCGCCGGGGACUGCCCCACGUUGGUGACGGUUCGAGACACGUUCUGUGGCCAACCGCUCCAAAUCGUCAUGGCGAUGAUCGGGUAGUUCAGCUGCUCCGCCGUGAUCGUCUUGACGGCGGCGCAGUUGACGGUCCGGCGAGCGACGAUGCUCACCUCGUCGUCGCCGUAGCCGACGCCGCAGAGGUAGCCGACGUAGUCCCUCGGGUCGAUGUCGUAGACGAGACCUGGGUCGCUGGCUCUGAGCGGAUUUACAUGUCCGGCGCCGGUCGCGUAGAUGCUCGCCUUGUUGCCUGUCUGAUCGGUGAGCCAACUGCCCGAUUUGUCGCGAGCGUAGCUCGUCGUCAUCAUCGCCGACUUGAUAGCGGCGGGAGACCAGCGAGGGUGGGCGGCCUUGAUCAGGGCCGCGACUCCAGAGACGUGUGGCGCCGCCAUGGAGGUGCCGGACAUGACAGCGAAGGACGAGCCCGAGAGAGUCGCGCCGAGGAUGUUGACCCCCGGCGCCAGGAUGUCUGGUUUUACAACGCCGCCGUUUACCGUGCUGGGGCCUCUCGAAGAGAAGUGCGCCACUGCGGGGGAAGGGAGUAGGCCGUACAUGGUACCCCUCGGAAUAAGCCGAACUCCGGGGUUGGGGAAAGAUCUCAGGUAA